AAAAAAAAAGCCAGUCAUUGGUGGUUCCUUUCCAACCUUUUGCUUUUCCAUCAAUCUAACAGCUUCUAUUUUCGAAAAUCUCAAGCACCCAUUUCGCCAAAAAACACAGAAACACACGCCCAUUUUGGCGUGUGAAUAGAGAGAUUCAUUGCUGGUUGUGUUUGGUUCUGAACCCAUUGUUGGGUCUCUGGGUUGUUGCAGAAAUGGUGGUUGGCUUGGUCUUGAGUUUCACAUUGAUGCUACAGAGACAGCUUGAUCUUGGUUAAGGAAGAAAACCCAGAAAGAGAAGGUGGAGAAAGAAGGUUUUCUAGAGAGAGAAAGUGUGAAGGGGAGAGAGAAUGAGCAAAGAACUGGGCGGCAUUGUGAAGGCCUGGGAAGUAACUGUACGUAAAUCACAAGCAGUUGCAAAGAAAAGGUCUAAUAGCAUUUUCCCCACAAUGUCAGUGGCUCAUGUGGACGACGACGUUUGCGACGCGAUUCCUGGCGAAGUCUAUCAUGCCGAGAAGGUGUUCGACAACGGGGACUGGUACACAGGUCAGUGGGCUGAUAAUUGCCCCAAUGGCCAUGGAAAAUACUUGUGGGCAGAUGGUUGUAUGUAUGUUGGUGAUUGGCAAAGAGGGAAGACCAAUGGUAAAGGUAAAUUCAGCUGGCCUUCUGGUGCCACCUAUGAAGGCCAAUUCAAGAAUGGGUAUAUGGAUGGUGAAGGUACUUAUACGGGGUCUUCCAAUGAUACUUACAGAGGGUAUUGGGUAGUGAAUAUGAAACAUGGGAAAGGGGUUAAGAAUUAUGCCAAUGGGGAUCACUAUGAAGGCGAAUGGCGCCACGGUUUGCAAAAUGGACAAGGGAGGUACCAAUGGAAUGAUGGUAAUCAGUAUAUUGGGAGAUGGAAGAAUGGGAAGAUGAAUGGCAAUGGAACAUUGAUUUGGGGUAAUGGGAAUAGAUAUGAUGGGUGUUGGGAGGAUGGAUUGCCUAAAGGAAAUGGUACAUAUAGAUGGCCAGAUGGGAGUUUUUAUGUGGGUGUUUGGAGUAAGGACCCAAGAGAGCAGAGUGGGACUUAUUACCCUUCAAGUUCACAGAUGGGUCAUUUUGAUUGGGAUCCUCAGGAGGUCUUUCUGAUUGAUUUGAGUGAUUGUAAGGUUUGUCCUGGUGAGAAGAUCUCGAUAUUUCCUUCACAGAAGAUGGUUAAUUGGACUAAUAUUGAAGGGGAGAUGUUGCAGAAGCAGCCAAUAUGGAAGAAUUCAAAAGGGAGUGGUGCGAGGCCAAGGAGAAUGUCAGUUGAUGGGAGGCUUAGCAAUGAUGAUGCAUAUAGUUGGGGCUCUGAUGCUGAUGUUGGUUCUGAUGACAUUGGUUCACAUUCACUGGGAGGAAGAGAAGACGUUGGUUUGGGGAAUCCCCAGCUUGAUGAUGUGGAAACAGCAAGAGNUGGGAGGCUUAGCAAUGAUGAUGCAUAUAGUUGGGGCUCUGAUGCUGAUGUUGGUUCCGAUGACAUUGGUUCACAUUCACUGGGAGGAAGAGAAGACGUUGGUUUGGGGAAUCCCCAGCUUGAUGAUGUGGAAACAGCAAGAGGGAUACCAAUUAGAAUACGGGCGAUGAAAAGACAGGGGGAGACGAUAUCAAAAGGUCAUAGAAAUUAUGAGCUCAUGCUCAAUCUGCAGCUUGGAAUAAGGACUCUUAGGCAAUUGUUUAAGGUGGAUCCAGCUGAUUACAUGAUAUCCAUAUGUGGGAAUGAUGCCCUACGGGAACUCUCAUCCCCUGGAAAAAGUGGAAGCUUCUUUUACUUGACCAAUGAUGACAAGUACAUGAUAAAAACCAUGAAGAAGUCAGAAGUAAAAGUUCUCAAAAGGAUGCUUCCAGCCUAUUACAAUCAUGUUCGAGCCUUUGAGAACACUCUAGUUACCAAAUUUUUUGGUCUUCACUGUGUCAAGUUGACUGGGUCUGCCCAAAAGAAAGUGCGGUUUGUCAUAAUAGGGAACUUGUUUUGUACCGAAUGUGCAAUUCACAGAAGAUUUGACUUGAAAGGUUCUUCCCAUGGUCGAACCACUGAUAAACCUGAAUCUGAAAUUGAUGCAACAACUACCCUCAAGGACUUGGACCUCAAUUUUGUCUUCAGAUUACCAAAGGUUUGGUUCCAAGAAUAUUGCAGGCAAGUGGACAGAGACUGUGACUUUCUUGAACAGGAGAGAAUCAUGGAUUACAGUCUUUUGCUUGGUGUUCAUUUUCGAGAAACCUCGGACAAUAGUGAAACAAUCACGACUGAGGCUCGUUCAUCUGGAGUUCGUACUCCUACUGGGACUGGUGACACAAAUAAUGAAGGAGCAGCUCCUAGACUUUCGAGAGCUAACAUGGAUCUUCUUUCUGAUCCUACACGGUGGGCUUCCAUUAGACUAGGUGUGGACAUGCCAGCACGGGCUGAGCGAACAGUGAGAACAAACGAUUGUGAGUCUCAGUUAGUUGGAGAACUAACAGGAGAGUGUUAUGAUGUCAUCCUUUUCUUUGGCAUAAUCGAUAUACUACAGGAUUAUGACAUUAGCAAGAAGCUUGAACAUGCUUAUAAAUCGAUACAAUAUGAUCCAACCUCAAUCUCUGCUGUUGAUCCCAAGCAGUAUUCCAAACGUUUUCGUGAUUUCAUAUUCAGAGCUUUUGCUGAAGACACUUGAAGUUACAGAUAGGCUCAAGUUUUCCACUUGCAGCUAGUAGCCAUUCAUGUGGAGCAGAUCUCUGGUGGAGACAACUGUGUUCACUCAGUGAGAAGUCACAAUUUGGCUAUAUGAUGAGGCUGUUGAAGGAUGAACCGUGGCUGCCAGUGUUACACAAUUGUGGUAUUUUGGCAUUGACAUCUCUGUUUUAUUUAUCAGCACAGGCAUAUGAUAUGUUUCACCAAAAGGUACACUACACUCUUGUAGUUUGAGCUACUCAAGCCUGUUCCAAUUGUAAAUGAAAUAUAGCUAAGGGUUAAGCUGAGAGAAUUCAUUUUGUACCCAAAUUUUUUGUCCCUGAAGGUUUAAGAGUCUUUGGGAUUUCUGCAGUGAAUAAAAAUGUACAGAAGGAAACAGAAAACAGAAAUGCAAUCAACAAAAAAACUCCCC